AUGAACGAUGAGAGUGAAAUUUAUGAUGAUGAAGCAGGUGAUGAACGGAGACAUUUGCUUCGUGACUCUCAAUGCAACCUUGAAGCAUUUGAAAAAAUAAUGAAAUGUAUUACAUAUGAAAAUUUUAUAAAUAUAGAUUAUUUUGAAGAAGGUGGAUUAGCAAUUGUGUAUUCAGCUAAAUGGCGCUCCGGUUAUAUUACUGAAUUUGAUAAGUUUAAAGCUCAAUUCAGUCAUGAUAAUUUUCUACAGUAG